AGAGUUGAAAAUUCUAUUUAUAACAGCAUUAAAUCUUUGUACCUGGAAGUAUUGCGUAACCCAUUUACCUUUUCUUCCUGAUAUUUCAUUUAAGCGGUCCGGUAACAAUCAAAGAAGACUUGUUUGACUUAGAUUUACAAACUUCACUUCUUUAUUGGAUUCAUUCCUGGCUUUGUGGAUGCAUCAAAUUUAAAUUUAUUUUGCUCUUGCAAUGGCUGUUAAUCUUCUUUUGAUCUUUUCCUUUCUUUUUCUGCAAAUAUUUUCAGCUGUUGCUCAAAAUAAUGGUAACAUAACCAUUGGAGCUUCUCUAUCGGCGGCUGAAAACUCAUCUUCAUGGCUUUCUCCGUCCGGAGAUUUUGCCUUUGGUUUUCACCCUAUUGGCAACAACAACGAGCUCUUCUUGCUCUCUAUAUGGUAUGAUAAGAUACCUUCCAAAACCGUAGUUUGGUUUGCAAAUAGAGAUAAGCCUGCACCAAGAGGAUCAAGAGUAGAAUUAACUUCUGCUAGUGGGCUGGUUCUUCAAAGCCCUCAAGGCGACGAAUUAUGGAAUUCUGAAUCCAUUAGAGGUACAGUUGCCUUUGCUGUUAUGAGUAAUACAGGCAACUUUGAGCUUUUUGACAGCAAUUCGGAUAAGGCAUGGGAGAGCUUCAGGAAUCCUGCAGAUACUAUGUUGCCCUCACAGACACUGGAAUCAGGGGAGCUGCUUUCUUCUAAACUGUCAGAUACUAAUUUCUCCAAGGGAAGGUUUCGAAUGCUAAUGAGACCUGAGGGCAAUCUUGUUCUUAACACCAUAAACCUGCCCACUGACAAUACUAAUGAUCCUUAUUAUGACACUGGAACUACUACUGCUUCUAAUUCUUCUGGUGAAAGGGUGGUCUUCAAUGAGUCAGCCUACUUCUACAUAUUGCUUAGUAAUGAUCAAAGAUACUAUCUAACCAACAGAUCAAUCAACCCUUCAACUAAGAACUUUUACUACAGAGCGACCAUAAAUUUUGAUGGAGUCUUUACUCUGUAUCAGCAUCCUAAGAAUUCAAGUAAUGAAGGCUGGACGGCUGUUUGGUCCAUACCGGAUAAUAUUUGCAAGGCGAGCUUUACUGGAGUUGGUAGCGGCACUUGUGGGUUUAACAGCUUUUGUAGACUGAACCCUGGAGACAAAAGGCCUAUCUGUGACUGCCCAAAAGGGUACUUUUUAUCUGAUCCAAACAAUGAGUAUGGUGACUGCAAACCCAACUACACGCAGAGCUGUGCGGAUGAUGAAGAGGGUUCUCCAGCAGAUUUUUAUGGUUUUGAAGAGGUCAUAAACACUGAUUGGCCAACAUCUGAUUAUGCACUGUUGCAGCCUUUUACAGAAGAGCAGUGUAGAGAAUCUUGCUUGCAGGAUUGUAUGUGUGCUGUUGCUAUUUUUCGAUCCGGUGAUAUGUGUUGGAAGAAGAAGCUACCACUAUCAAAUGGCAGAUUUGAUAAUACUCUUGAUGGUAAGGCUCUUAUCAAAAUCAGGAAAGGUAAUCCUCCUCCCAGAGGCACUCCCGCUUUGCCGAGACCAGAUAAGGAGAAUCAGAAGAACAAAGACAAUUUGAUGAUUGUGGGAUCAGUACUUCUUGGUGGCUCAGUUUUCUUCAACUUUAUGCUGAUUACUUCAGUUUGUCUUUGUUUUUUCCUUGUUUACAAGAAGGAACAUCGACAAAUUCCUCACCAUGGUGAUGCCGUGGAAAAAAAUUUGCGUUGUUUUACUUACAAAGAGCUUGAAGAAGCUACAGAUGGAUUCAAGGAAGAACUGGGAAAGGGGGCUUUUGGCAUUGUUUACAAAGGGUUCAUUCAAAUGAGUUCUGUCACUCCGGUUGCUGUGAAGAAGUUGAUUACUUUGGUGCAAGAUGGCGAGAAGGAAUUCAAAACUGAAGUAAAUGUAAUUGGCCAAACUCAUCACAAGAACCUGGUUCGCCUGCUUGGAUUUUGUGAUGAUGGGGUGCAUCGUUUACUCGUAUAUGAGUUCUUGAGCAAUGGAACUUUAGCAAGCUUCCUUUUUGGUGAUUCAAAACCUGGAUGGAAUCAGAGAACACAAAUUGCUCUUGGAAUUGCAAGAGGACUCUUGUACCUACAUGAAGAAUGUAGCACACAGAUUAUCCAUUGUGAUAUAAAACCUCAAAACAUACUUCUUGAUGACUACUACACCGCUCGAAUCUCUGACUUCGGACUGGCGAAACUUUUGAUGCUUGAUCAGAGCCAUACACACACUGCCAUUAGAGGAACAAAAGGGUAUGUUGCAGCUGAGUGGUUUAGGAACUUGCCCAUCACGGUGAAAGUGGAUGUUUUCAGCUUUGGUGUGCUGCUGCUAGAGAUAAUUUGUUGUAGAAGAAAUGUGAACAUGGAAGUAAGUGAUGCUGAGGCAUUGUUGACAGAUUGGGCUUAUGACUGUUAUCUUGAAGAAAGAUUAGAUGCUCUCGUGGAGUUUGACAUGGAGGCCUUAAAUGACAAGAAGAAGGUUGAAAAAUUUGUGAUGGUUGCCAUUUGGUGCAUUCAAGAAGAUCCAUCUCUUCGGCCGACUAUGAGGAAGGUCACUCAGAUGCUUGAAGGAGUUGCUGAAGUACCAAUUCCUCCAUGUCCAUGCCCAUAUACCAUGACAAAUUGAAUAAACUCUUGUUGCUUUUAGGCUAUACCUUUCAAUCAGCCAGUUAGUAUUGUUGUUUCCUAUAUCUUCCUUUAGGUAAGUACACUGUUAAUCACGUUUUAUCUUAAAGAUAGAUGGUGAAUUGUGAGGGUGUAGCUUAAUUAGAUACUAAGCUGUCAAUGUUAUUAAGUUGAUAAAUUAAUUGAAGUUUCUACCGUCGCUCAGUA